GCCAGUCUAGGAAACGGCGCAAUGAUCUCCGGUUAGGCAUGAACAGCUGAGCGUCCCAAAGCCCAAGAUCGAAGGCCUUUGAAAGACCUGAGCCAUCCCUUCUUUCUCCACCCAUCGUCUUCUAGACCAGGAAUGUCCAACCUUGGCAAGGCCUGAGGACCUCAAUUCUGGACACCCCAGGUCUAGUCUUUUUCUGACCUUCAAAGGAACAUCCCACCCACAACACCCCAAAAAUGGCAACCGAAACACAUCCGAGAGUGAAGGGAAACUCAACAGAAGGGCCCUCGGAGCUAUUUCGAUUGUGCAUCUAAUCAGUUAAGAUAAAAAUCGAACCCCUAAUAUACCUCUCCACAGGUAAUAGUUAACGAAUAUAUUAUGGAGAUUAGAAAGCACGACACAAUGCAAAUACUUUCUCGUGGGAAAGUCCCAGGAAGAAAUUUACGGUAAAUAACUGCUCUUUGUUCUGCGUUCAAGAUAAAUAACUGAGGAAUGUCCCAGAAUUUCACCAUUUGAAGAGUUGACUUGGUCCUGCGAGGAGGACACAGCUCUGCACCCAAGGAUAUUGGCACAAGAGAGCUGUCCAGAGUUCCUGUUGCCAGCCGGUUUCUCCCUCAUCCACCAAGAUGGUCCUCCUUCCUUCCUUCCUUCUUAUCCUCGCCUGCCUGUCAGGGUCCUUUGGUUAUGAAGAUCUCUGGAACAAGGUCUUUGCAUUCCCAGCACCCUCAGCCACGGCCGCCGUGGUUCUCCACAUCUCCAACCAGCAACCCUUGGCCAAGCUGACCGUCUGCUUGAGAUACUACACCCUCCUGGCCCGUCCGUACAGCCUCUUCUCUUAUGCCACCCGCUCCAGCGACAACGAUUUCCUGAUCUUCAAGAACCAACCCAACGAGUAUUCCAUUCAAGUCGGGGGCUCAGCGGCAAAUUUCAAGGUCGCUCCGAAGGAGAAACCGAGCUGGGACCACAUAUGUGCGUCCUGGGACUCCAGCAACGGGCUAGUCCGGUUGUGGCUGAACGGAGAACCCCUCCCUCGACAGGGACUGAAAAAGGGUUACAGCAUCAGCCCCGAGGCCUCCAUCGUGCUGGGGCAGGAGCAGGAUAACUUCGGAGCGGGCUUUGACAUCAACCAGUCCUUCGUAGGGGAGAUUUCAGAAGUCAAUCUGUGGCCCCGGGUGCUGAGCCCUGCUGAGGUUAGGUUGUCUAAGAACAACGUGGUGGUUUCUGGCCCUCUGCUUAACUGGGGGUCCCUGAGCUACACCAUCAAGAGUGAGGUCUUUGUGGAGGAUUUCCUGGCUCCCCAAAAUGCGUGCAUCUGAGAAAAGAAGGAAGUGUAGGAAGUUAGCACAUCCCCCCACCCCCGAAGAAUGAAAUAUUUUAAGAAAAUAUAUUAAAAAAGGGCAGAAGAUUAUAUUUCCCUGGAUAAGAAAUGGAGAAACAUAUUUGAAAGACAAAGCAGCUUCCUGCCUCCCCCCUCCACCUUUGUCAAUGGGCCAGAGACAGAAACUCAUUCUCCCCACCUUUGUCAAUUGGACCAUCAUCUGCAACACAAUAGGACCCAUCUAGCAACAGAAACUCAUCACAUGCCACCUGCGAAGAUUACAUCAGCCAGCAAGGCUAGCUAAGACCCCCCACCCCCUGGGAGUCUGACAACCAAUCAGGAUAUUCCUCCUGUGCCCCGGGAAAUUCAAAGCUCAGAGAAAGCAUAAAGCCAGGGAGCGCACAGCAUCUCAGCCUUUUUUCUGUUUAGGAACUCAAGCCAUGUGAUCCUGACCACCAUUAAACCAUUUUUCCAAGCA